AAUUGAUUGAGAUAAGGUGUAGAGGAUAGAUUCCCGUGUGGAGUCGAAUGUGACAUAAUACGUUCUGAAAACUUCACAUUAAUUUGUCUACGUAUCUUAUCGUUAAAGGAUAAAAUGACGCCGCUCCGAUGCUACACGGUCGUGGGUAACGCGUAUCAAGGCAUCGCAUCUCUCGCCGGACACCCUCGGACGUCUCUUUUAUCGGAUGGGUUUUCUAUGCAACCGAAACCGAUUCGAAGGACGAGACGUUAAAGCUGCGACGCAUGAGGAGUUCGUUGAAGCGCAUGAACACUACAGAUAUGAUGCCAUGCCGACUGUGGUCGUGCCCCUACUGUGGUCGUACCUGCUUGAUAGUAGGCUGUGAUUUAAUGCAGCAAAUAACGGGUGCAUUCGUACAAGAAAAUGUAUAGCAUUUCGUUCCCCCACACAACAGUGUUUCUGCCAAUGUCAAAAAUCGUGUUCGCUCGAACAUCGGAGCGUCGGUAUGAAAAACUAUUCGAAACAUCGGUCUGUCGCAUGUCGGAUAUGAAGACAUUCAGUCGACCUUUGUGAACAGAUUCCACAGUCACAUCCGUCCACACUCCAUCCUUCAUGUCACACCAAACCGUCAUGCCCAGUGUCCUUAAUCCUCCCACUCAAACCGAUGUUCAUCUACUUCUUGGCAGUGAUUCAUGAACUUCUCUUGUUGUUUAAUGACCCUCCUUUUAGAAGCUACGAGGACAAGCUUCUAAAACUAAACUUCAGUAUCCAGCUUCAGUAUAGCCCCAAUAGUAGUGGAAGCAGUUCUAUUUUUUUGUUCUUCUACACCAUAACUGACAUAGGAAGACGAGAAGGACAGUUGUAGAAUCAUUCUGGAUACCUAGACACGGAGAAGAUGUCGGGAACGGGUAGCGGUCCGACGCCUGCGACCGCGACGACCAUCGCGGCGGUCCAGGGUCAAGGUAUGGGCAUCAAGAACCAGCUUUUGGAGGACUACGACGGUGUGCCAUUCAUAAGACCAAGGUACUAGAGACUCCUCAUCAUCUUUGAAAAGCAAUCUGCAAAAAGAGCACCAUCUGCAGCAAAGAGCAUUUUGUGACAUAUCAUAUUUAUACAUUUAGAUACUAUCCCGACGUGAAUAUGAAGAGGAGUCGAGACUACUGGGACUAUGAGAAUCUUGCGGUGAACUGGGGAAACCAAGACGAUUACGAGAUCGUGCGAAAAAUUGGAAGGGGUACUGAUGAUCAUCGUGGAUGUAGUUUUUCUGAACAUUCGAGAAAUCAAGACAUAUUCUGGGUUCUCAUCGACUACUUUUGUUGUCGAUCAGUUUGGUCUUAUGUCGACGAACAACUACGACGCUUUUACGGCAGUCUGGACUGCACUACUUUGUGCGAGAUUUCUUGUAGGCUGCUGCUGCUACUAGUACUAGGCUAUUGUAUACUAAAACUACUUUUUUUUCCACGACCAACAACACCACACUCAAAGUCAUAUACUCACAAAGGUAAAUACUGCGAGGCUUUUGAGGGUAUUCACGUGAAGACGCAGACGCAGAUCGUUAUCAAAAUCUUGAAACCAGUGAAGAAGAAGAAGAUCAAGAGAGAGUUGAAGAUUCUCCAGAACGUUUGCGCUGGACCAAAUAUCGUCAAACUAUUGGACUACGUGCGCGACUCGCAGUCGAAGACGCCAAGCCUGAUCUUCGAGUACAACUUGAUUCAUGAAUUGAUUUCUACUUCACAGAUUCUGAUUCAUCUUCCUCAACUUCAAAUUAUUCAUGUAGACACAACGACCACCCUCCGACAUCGAUCACAGUAGAACCAAAAAACCCCAUUAAUUCUAUACCACUUACCUACUGACUCCACCUCCCUCACAAACAGGUACAUCAACAAUUUGGAUUUCAAGCAAUUGUAUCCAACGUUCCGGGACUAUGACAUUCGUUACUACAUUCGGGAGGUCCUCAAGGCAUUGGACUUUUGUCAUUCGCAAGGUGAGAUGUUGUUCCUCCAACUUUUGUGGCUAUUUGAUUUUCAUGUGAAUUUCCAGUGCUUCACAACUCUCAGCAUGGUUUUCGUUUUUCUAUUCAUAACAUGGUUUUCGUUUUUCUACUCAACAUGGUUUUCCUUUUUCUGCUCAGUCUAGUAAGGUAAAAUCAGGUUCGGCAUGGUUUUCAUAGUCGUGAAUGCUCACCUCCUCGAGCCCGAGCCGAUUCCUAUCCUAUCCUACCCUAUCCUACCCUAUCCUACCCUAUCCUACCCUAUCCUACCCUAUCCUACCCUAUCCUACCCUAUCCUACCCUAUCCUACCCUAUCCUACCCUAUCCUACCCUAUCCUACCCUAUCCUACCCUACCCUACCCUACCCUACCCUACCCUACCCUACCCUACCCUACCCUACCCUACCCUACCCUAAUACAAUCUCCUAUCCUAAUACAAUCUCCUCACCUAUAGUGGAAUCUCCUCACCUAUAGUGGAAUCUCCUCACCUAUAGUGGAAUCUACUCACACGACACGAGGUAUCAUGCAUCGUGACGUGAAGCCGCACAACAUUAUGAUCGACCAUAGCAAGCGCCAGUUGCGUUUGAUCGAUUGGGGCUUGGCGGAGUUCUUCCAUGUGAAUACGCCGGUGAAUGUCCGUGUCGCGUCAAGAUACUACAAGGGUCCAGAACUUUUGGUGGACUACCAAUUGUACGACUAUUCCUUGGACAUAUGGUCUCUCGGAUGCAUGUUCGCAGGCAUGAUCUUCAAGCGGGAGCCGUUCUUCCGCGGAUCGGACAACUACGAUCAGUUGGUCCGCAUUGCCAAGGUCUUGGGUUUCGACGGCCUUUCGGCGUAUCUGAACAUUAAGGAGACAUCAUUUUUCGCAGUCGGUGUGUGUAGUUUCACAACAAAAAAAUAUUUAAUCUAUUCAGUUCCGUUCUUUUGAGUAAAAUAGUUUCUUGAAUUCUAAGGCCAAUGAGACUAUUGGUGCCUAGUAUCUAUAUCACAGGCUAGCGCAGGGAUGACGACAUCCCUGCGCUGCUGUUAAGUUUAUUAAGUCACUUCGGGCGGUCUCGUGUAAGUAUAAGGUCUAGACCUAGAAAACAAGACCGCUAGGGUCUGAUAUACUGGCAAAGUGCAUGACUUUAAGGAAAAAGGGGAAGAAGAGGGAGGAGGGAAAUACUGCAGAGACAAGAAGGAAGAAACUUGCCCGCUACUUUCUGGAAGCGGCCAGCGAUUGGCAGCAAAGAACGUGGGUCCGAACUGAAGGGAAUGCUUACAGAAGUGCGCUGCUUUGACGACGGACAAGCGUCGCGCGUGAAAGUAUCGCCAAAGGGCUGCGCGCGUCAGAGCAAGGAGGCUUCGCACGAAUCAACUGAAAAGAACCCAGGCGACGCGACCUGACUGCACGCGACGCGCGUGAGAGAUAUGCGCCGCGCCUUCGGUCAGUCAUACAGUAGCCACGCACUAGCCGAAGCAUCAGCACUAUUGUAUACUGUUGAAAAAGUUGAAAACUGCUACUCAGCAGAAGAAAGGCCACUACGUUCAGAACCCGACGGGUCUGGUGCUGCUGCAGCCAGUUGCUGCGCGCGACAUUUUUGAAGAAGUUGCAAACUCUUGCGCGCAAGAUAAUGGAUUCGCACCAGAUUGAGACAACGCACCCGCUCGAAAAUUUUGACCAGUAUACAAUACGCGAGAGGCCCAGCCUAGCUCUUGCCACUGUGUUGCUUGUCCAAUGCAGUGAAAACCUUGAGCAGCUUGCUGGCAGCAAGAAUCAGAACAAUCCUGGAGGCCGAGCGAAUCAGAAAAACAAAAACAGCGACCACCCCACGAUCGAGAGAGAACUUGCUAAAGCGCCCCACACAGAGGGAACACUUAAAGGAGAGGACUUGGCCAGCGAAUUAAUAGAGAGCAAACUUGUAGCACGUACGGACUACCUGGAUUCGAUAGGCCAGCACUUUGACUGGCUUGCGCCAAACGAGUUGGGAGCAUAGGUAGCGGGUUGCGCUGUUUCAGAUAUUGGCGAGACGAACCGUCGCGUGGGAGCUUGUCCAUGCUUCUCCACGAUACAAAAACCGCGCAACGGGGUAGCCUGAAGGGGGGCCAAAGUGCUGCACUGCUGCAAGGCUUCUGCCUUCUACCAUAAAACAAGCGCAGCGCUUAUCGCUUUGAGCCCUUGGCCGUGGCUUAUAUAUUGAAUCCCGCAGCGGCUAAAGCAGUAGCAUAGUCCAAAGCGAGCGACUUGGUUGGUUCCGCUGGUUUUAGGAUUGCUAUCAGCAAAGCGAGUGCUUAAGAGGCACGACUUCGCUGGCUCGCGAGUUAGAAGUAGAUCGGUGCGGUGAGAAUCCUAUACGUUAACACUGACGAAGCAGCAAAAGUCUUGGCGCGUUGUGGUUGGUCUUGAUGGUAACGGCUGCAGGGAUGACAUGCGACGGCAUCCCGCCCCACCCGAUCGGUGGGCUUACAUCAUCACCAUCGUCAUGAUCUUGAUGGUAGCACAGUCGUGCCCAUUUUCAAAAGUGUUCCCGUGCUUCAUGCUCAUGCGUGGACAGUGCUCGCGCCCGUAAAGAUCAUCGAUCCCAGCUGCACUGCUGGGCUGGUGUUUUGUUUUCUUUGGUUUCCAAUUCCAAGAAGAAACUUACCGCAAGUGUCUCCGUCGUCGUUCCCGUUCAGCUGGCGCCGGCGCAUGUGCGACAUCUUUUGCCCCGGAAGAAGCACGCUGAUGGCAUGACUUGCAGCAAAGACAUGACAAGAAAGCAGAAGAAAGCGCGGAGCAUUUGCAUUCUAUGCAUAGAGAGCAAAAGAGAGACCAAGCCCGACCUCGAUGGCAUAACAAUGAAGCGCGCAACUCUAACGCGCUUCCUUUGUGGCUUUGUUUUGCUUUUUUGUCCGGUUUAGCUCCCCUCAUGUCGCGCGCAGUGCAUCGGCUGAACUGUCGACACCGAUGGCGUCACUUGCAAAAAAUGCAAGAGGACACGCGUGCAAUUCUAGACGCGUUAGCCAGGUGAUGCAAAUCCCGCGCGCUGAUGUGGGAUGGCUCCCCCUUUGAUUGUGCAGCCUUAUUUGGCGCCGCGUCAUUUGGAUGCUUCUGGAAUUUAUUUUAUGCGUGUGGCAUGCGUAUGGUAUGCUGCGGGCUGGUGAAGCUGAUAGCCCACCGGUGUGCCGUGGCUUUGUUGUGGCAUUCGUUUUGAUCUUGAUCCUCAGCCGUGUGUGAAGUUCGUCACAACUGUGGCCGGCGCCAUGCAUUCUGGGCCCGUCUGGAGGCUCUCCGUGCAAUUCGUAAAAGAUAGCGCUGACUGGCAGGGAUUUGCUGGCGCUUUUUCUAACAUAUCACCGAGCGGGGCACUCGCUUACUGUUUCCGUACGUAGGUAUUGCCUGCCUGCUUUUUCUAUAUAAUUGCUCGAAGGCCUCUCCUUGGAUGGAUGGAAAAUGACAGCGAUCAACCUGGCUGCCGCGCUUUGAUUCUCGAACUUGAUCGGUUUGCUUUAUUUAUUCUACUGAAGUGACGCCUUGCGUUCUAAAGUCGGAAACUGAUGAGAGUGCGUCUCUCGUUGGCUUUCGAAAGCGAUGCGAGCCACAGCGGGGAAGUUAUAUAGCAAGCUACUCCGCUUCCAUGGCCAUCAUUUUUUUGACAGCUUUCCCUGGUGUUUUGGCAGCCUUCUUCGGUACUUUGGCAGCCUUCGUCGCUGCUUUCGGUUGCUUUGUGUUUUUUUUCAUUGGGCUGCGCACUUUCGCCAUUUUCUUCGUAGGGGCAGGCUUUUCCCCAGCGCUUUGCUCGUGCUAGCGCUUUUCAUCGUCGUGGUAGGUAGCCUUGGGCGAUUCGCUGGUCGCGAAGUUGGUUUGUUCUUGUUCUUUGCUUGAGUGCUUCUCCGUCGAUGUUGUCAUCGGAAGAAGAACCCGCCGGGAGUGGAAAUGCGGCGGGGUAUGAAUGUGACGAAUUCCCUUCAAGCUUUUCGGUUGCGUAUGGGGUAGCUUCUCACGCAAAGAGUUCGACACUUACCAGCAGCAGCCGCUUGAGCUCGCUGGGAGCUCUGACGAAGAAGGCGCAGAGGGAUCGGAAGUAGGCAAACCCGUGGGGUGCUGCGUAGGGGCUUGGGGUGGUUGGUACGCAGCAGGAGCAGCGCUAAGCUUUUCACUUUCAUACUUCUCGUCUCCAAAAAAUCACGGCGGAGCACGUCCGGCACCGUGGGCAACUCUAUCAGUAUGGACUUGCGAUUUAUUUUCGCCCAUACUAACUGAACUGCGCACGAGUUUCAGCGCAGAGGCAUCGCCACCCUUGUGGAUGGUGGCUGGCGUCGCGCACUCCUUGGCGGGUCUUGCGGCUACCAACUGCGUCAGCAGAUCAUAGACCUGAAAGAGGGAGAGCGUUAGAGGGCUGGGCCAUGGGGAAGCGUUUCGAGAGAGAAACACGACGCAGAGACGCAGAGCGUAGACGAAAACUAACGAAGGCGCCGACUUUAGUUUUUUGAUAAGAUAGCAGAAAUUUUUUUUCUGUUUCUUAUGAAAAAAAAGGCAGAACUUAACGCCGUAAGCAGGGGCAUGCGCAUGCUAGACCAUCAGCAGAGUAAAUGUCUUGCGUCACUCUACGCCUUAGAUGUAACGCCUAAAAAAGCAGAAAAGAGGCCAGUUGUUGACGAAGUGCCGACGGAUCGAAAACAAAGAGAAAGUUAACAAAAUGAUGGCAAUCAAAUGUAUCGACUCGCUUCUUCGUCUGCGUUCUUUGUCUGGCUUCUUUGCCUCUCUCAUCGUGUCAAGCAUAGGAAAACCAUCGCCGUGAGUCCGUCUUUCGUCCGUCUUCAUGCUCAAAAAAAAGCCAGACUGUCGGGCAAGGAAUGCAGAACUUCUCGAAACUCACAAUUCGAUAUAGCUUAUACGAGAUACUAUUAAGUACUCUCUAGUACUCUCUUCUCGUUCACCGAGGACCUUGCCUCUCUAAUCCGUAGUACAACUUAGAACUGGACCAGCACUUUGACGAUCUGUUAGACCGAUUUCCCCAAAAGAGCUGGACCAAGUUCGUCAAUUCCGAAUGCGCACACAUCGCACAUCAAGACUCCGUCGAUCUGUUGGAUAAGGUAAUCAUGAUAAUAUGUAAUAAUGGUGCUGCACUUGUUAUGGAAUAUUAAUAUGUAAUAUUUAUGUAAUAAUGGUGCAGCACUUCUACUGACUCUUCAGUUUCUUUCUAAUCUUCAGGCGCACUUCUACUCUUCAGGUGCUUUUUUACUCCUCAGUCGCGAUAAGUUGGCUUAGUGGUUUAGGCGUUGACCUGUACACUUAUCAAGUUGCUUGCCCCUCUUCCGUUAUACCCUCUUGUUGGAAACGCCGCCAUCUUCUUGGACUUUUCUCCCAACUCACAGAUGUUGGUCUACGAUCAUUCGCAACGCAUCUUGCCACGUGAGGCAUUUAACCAUCCCUAUCUCCGACCGGUGGAGAACGACAAGGGUGCCCCGUUGGAAGGCGGCGUGCCGUCUAUCCCCAUUCAGCCGUACACAGCAACGCUUCGCCAACAUUAGACGCGUUGGACAUGGGAACGUCGCUCGUGUUAAGUAGUUGUGUCUAUGGUAUGCCACGAUGUACUUAUCGUAAACCAGAAUAUUUUCUUUUUCAUUUCAGAUGCAAAUCUUCAAGAAAAAUCCUUAGAUUUGAGUUUAAUAGAGUACAACUAUGAGUAGAUUUAGACUUUUUAAGCGUUUUUUCUGACAUCACGAAGGAAUUGAUUAGAAAGUUUAGCUAUCACGGGGAAAUUAGAUUUUUUCAUAUAUCCAUCGAAAAUAUGUAGUUGUCUAGGUCUACGAGUAUGACGACUAGAACUACAACAGCUCUAGGCUGCUGUACUAGGUUAUGUCACUGUUAAUAGAAGAGCAUAGUAAUUAUAAGGGAGCAUGACCGUCAUCAAUAUUGAUAAUUAUAGUCUAUUGAUAGAUACAAAACGCUAUCGACAUAAAAGACGUUUAUGGACGAUGUACUACAGCAUUGAGUGAUGUGAUGUCAUGUAGCUACUUCAAUACCAAAUGAAUUCAUCAUGUAUGAAAUUCCAAACCAAAAUGAUUUUUUUAAGAGGAAGAAUUAUUAGGAUCGACUAGUAUCCUCUAUGCAAAAAAACCUAAACCUGCUGCCAAAGUCGCACUCUCGCACUGUCAGGAUGCUGUUUCGAAGAAACUUCUGGGAGCAUUGUUCUUCAAAAAAUCUUCGAAGCGAACUUUUUAAUUAUAAAUGACUACGACUAAGACUAGUAUUAAUAUACAGGGGCAUCAGCAUCGUCUAGGUCUAGUCGGCGUUCUACUUCAUCAAAGUAAUUGAGUUCUAAUUCAAGAAUAUUCUAUGUUGAUCUAUCAAUCCGAUUCUAUCUUAGAUAUUUUGGGAAAAAUAUCAUAAUAUAGCAUCAAAGAAAAGGACCAUGAACGAUGAAAAUUUGCAUGGAUCCAGUGAAUAAUGACAUGACGUAGGCAUCGUGGUUGUACAAGAUUCAGUUGUACAUCUUCUUGGGGUAGAUAGUUGUUGUGCAUACCUCCACGAACAACUACUUCUAGUGCUAGACAGUAUUUUUCUAUCAUGUUCAAAUGUGAGAAAGUGUCCUCGUACAUUGCUGCUGGACAUACAACACGACGCGCGCUUUGGAUUGUAGGAAAAAGGCAGAUGCUGAGACAAUCAAAAUAAUCAUGGGAAGAAGAUAGCAAAAAUUUAGAACAAAAACUAGUUGUACCUUUUCUUGGCUGUCGACUGUUAUUGAUGGCGCAAAC